AUGGCAGCACAGACAAACAAAGACGGUGCGGAGGCCAUAGAGAUGGAGAACCCUUCAAUGACCCGACCGGCAGUACUUGCGGACAAGCUCCAAGACGGUGAUGAAGCCCUUCAUAUCCUUCAGACCGAGUUCGUGGAGUAUUCUCCAGAGGAAGAAAGACGACUGAGGUGGAAGAUUGACCUUCGCCUGGUGACUGUAAUGUUGAUUGUCAACGGAAUUCAGUUUGUUGACAAGCUGACUAUCAGCUAUGCCGCAACAUACGGCAUGAUCACUGAAGCCCACCUGAAAGGACAGGAGUUCAGUCUCCUGAUUACUCUGUUUUACAUUGGUUAUCUUGUUGCCCAAUAUCCGACCAACUACCUCAUGCAGCGUUUUCCGACCGGAAAAUACUUGACUGUCAACUUCAUCCUCUGGGGAAUUACACUUGCCGCUACUGGAAGCUGCAAGAGCUUUGCAACACUCGCUCCUGCUCGGUUCUUUUUGGGAGUCUUUGAAUCCUGUCUCAACCCCGGCUUUGUUCUGAUCUCUUCGUCAUGGUGGAAGAGAGAAGAGCAGGCAGCUCGUAUCGGUCUUUGGUAUAGUGCCAACGGACUGGCAUCAGUCCCGGCCGGUGUUUUGUUCUGGGCUAUCGCACACAUCAAUGUUGAUAAUAUCUUCCCAUACCAAUGGAUGUUUAUCAUUUUCGGCGCCUUGACUGUUCUUGUUGGAGUCAGUCUGUGGUGGAUGCUUCCCGAUACUCCCCUCACAUGCCAGUGGCUCUCAGAUCGCGAGCGAGUUAUUGCCGUUCAACGUCUCAAGGAUAACCGCACUGGUGUCAAGAACACCCACCACAAGAAGGAUCAAGUUAUUGAGACCCUAUCCGACUACCGUGUGUGGAUGUUGUUGCUUGCCAUCUUCUGCCACAACAUGACCAACAGUCUGCAGACCAACUUUACUGGAAUCAUCAUCAAGGGCUUCGGCUACAACACUUACCAAGCCGUGCUGCUCCAGAUCCCCGUUGGUGUUGUCAUGGCAGCCACAAUGAUCCUCGUCGGCUUCUUCCUUUCAUCGAAAUGGGGCGAAGGCAAACAGAUCUUCACCAUCAUUGGCUGCUACAUCCCCGGAAUCAUUUCAUGUGGCAUCCUCUACGGAGUUCCAGUGAACUCAUCCACUUUAAGCUCUCAUCUUGCGGCUAUCUUCCUGAUCCCGAUGGUGGCAGCAGCAGGAGGAAUGAUGUACUCGAUUCUCGCGGCUAACAUUGCUGGAUAUACGAAGAAGACCGUGACUGGUACUCUGUUCUUCUCAGCUUACUGUGUGGCAAACAUUAUCUCGCCGCAAACUUUCCUCUCCAAGCAGGCACCAAAGUACACAACUGGUGUCUUUGUGACUCUUGCGGCUUUCAUCAUCAACAUCAUUCUCUUCUCGAUUUUGUACUUUGUCUAUUCGAGGGAAAAUGCCGCACGCAGACGCGAGAUGGAGGAAAGUGGAGAGAUCGACGAAGUGAGCGAUUUAGCCAAUGCGUUCUCGGAUUUGACAGAUCGUCAGAACCGUCGGUUGAUCUACAAGGUUUAA